CCUUAGGAGAAGGAAAAAAAAAUAGAAAUCCCUGCCAGGGCACGUCUGAACUGUGACAGCCCCGCCCAUUACUAGUCCUGUGGCUUUGCACCUGCCUCACCACCCCUGCAACUUUGAGCGCAAACCCUCCAGGAGCUCCUGUACCUGCACUGCAGCGUUUAUUCAGCCCUGACUACUGAAUCUGCUUCUGCUAUGAAUGCUCCACGGCUCCACUGAGGCAUCACAGCUGUGAACAGGUAUAUGCAACACGAGGGCUAUCUGAGCAGCGACUGCAGCCCACCCCACCAACUGAUGAAGACGCAGCGGUAAAAAAAAAAGAAAAGAAAAGAAAAAGGAGAAAUCGGUGCAGCCAGCAGCUAAGAUUUGGUGAGUGUCUCAUGUCAGGGGAGAGAAAUCUGCGCGCCCGCGUGUCCUUGCGCAACGGGUACAUGCGCUAAGUAACGGAGGAGGUGGACGUAAACAUGCAUUAAGUGACAGCGGCGACUAGGUAGUCUACUACGCAAGAGCGCUCCCUCCGGACCUCCUCAUUGAACUUUACCCGCUGAGCUUUGACGCGAUGGCUGCUGCUGCUGCUCUGGGGGAAGUUGGAGGCGUCUUGCACGGCAUCGAUGGUGUCGCACAGGUCGGGUCCCAUUUCCUCCUGACCCCUUUUGGGGACAAUCCGACGCUUUUGGGGGAACACCUCAUACCUGGGGACAGGUUGUCUCGGAGCACCGCGGCGGAUUUAACGCACCUCAAAGGGAUUCUCAGGAGGAGACAGUUAUACUGCAGAACUGGUUUCCAUAUGGAAAUACUUCCGGAUGGCACAGUGCAAGGGACGAGGAAGGACCACAGCCGUUUUGGUAUUUUGGAAUUCAUAAGCCUUGCUGUUGGGUUGAUAAGCAUUAGAGGGGUGGACAGUGGACUCUAUCUGGGGAUGAACGACAAAGGAGAGCUGUAUGGUUCUGAGAAGCUCACAGCUGAAUGUGUCUUCAGGGAGCAGUUUGAGGAGAACUGGUACAACACAUACUCUUCCAACCUCUACAAACACGGAGACAAAGGGACGCGUUACUUUGUGGCAUUAAACAAAGACGGGACACCAAGGGACGGGACUAAGUCCAGGCGGCAUCAGAAAUUUACACACUUCUUGCCCAGGCCUGUGGACCCUGACCGUGUGCCAGAGCUGUACAGGGAUAUCCUGGGACACAGCUGAGACCCGGAGGCCGGAUCCAGUUCAGGAAGUUGCUAAAGCCCUGGCAGGCAGGGCAGCAGAGAAGAGGAGAGGGACGCAGGCAAAGAUGUGGCCGGUGCAGGCUGGCUGACCGGCAGGGAUAAAGGCAUCAGGGCCUCUUCUAGGAAUGCACGGGCCAUCUCUCAGCAGCCAGGAAGACGGGCUAGAAUGUCUGCACGCUCGGCAUGAGGGGGCUGUUUGUUUCAGAGGCCAGACGACCCUAAAAAGUACAUGCGUGGAAUAGGAGAUGAAUAGGUAACGGAGCUGAAUGAUCGGGGAGCAUCUCCUCUGGUCAGAUGGGGACAACAGCUGAGUCCGUGGGAAUCUGUAUGAUCAUGAAAUGGUACUUUUAAUUUGGGUACUGUGUCAGAGAGUUUGUUUAGAAGGACUUUGAAGGAAUUCAUGUUUUUGUUUUCUUACCUGUGUCUAGACCUGUUU